AUGGGGCUUUGUUUACCUCGCUUCUGCUGGGACAAAAUCCACGUGCUGCCUUCCUCUUCCCCCCACGUGCUGCCUUCCCCUUCUUCCCACGUGCUGCCUUCCUCUUCCCUCCCACGUGCUGCCUUCCCCUUCACCCCCACGUGCUGCCUUCCUCUGUCCCCCCACGUGCUGCCUUCCUCUUCCCCCCACGUGCUGCCUUCUCUGUCCCCCCACCCUCUCUCGCGCAACCUAAUAAAAGACGACCGACUACGGCGAUCUCCGGACAAUUUUACUGUGAAUUUUAGUGAUGUUGGGCGCUUCAAGUCCAGCCCUCCCCAAGAGCUCGCCACCAAAGUCGAACUGGAUCCGAGGCUGGACUUUCGUCCGUUGAUCGUCGACGACGAUGACUUGGAUGACAGCAGCGAAAGGAAAGCUAUUUUCAUUAGACGUAUUGACGACUUCAAAGACAGAACACAUCAACCGCCCCCUGAUACCGUUUAUGGACUUAGAAUCCCAAAAGAAAACUCUUCUGUUCACCAUGCCGCCAGCACCAGAGUGAAGAUCCCUAUGAAAAUUCCCGCGCCUGAACGCUCGGUGAACUCUCAGCUGUUCACUAUAGAGACCAACGAAGUUGAUGACCUCGGUCAUGUGCUACACCAGAGUGACGAAGAAGAUAUGUCAAACGAAUUAAUUUCAUUUUUUCAAAACUUGAGACCAACAACCGCUAAACCUCCUGUCAAAAUCGUUGUCUCCUCUGAGACCAACGCCACUCACAUGUCCAUCAAUAUCCCCAGAAAAAUUGUGCAAAGACAUCCAGCAAUCGUGAGCAAUUUUGUUCGAAGCUUCAUUAAUCAAAAGCCCCAGCCUGUCGAUGAAUACGAUUUUUAUUCACGAAACUAUAAUAUUGGGGCUAAUAAGGCAGAGCUUCCUUAUGAACGUUCAGGAACUUCCCAUGGUCAAGAUCGUCGCCCAUUUAAAACUAAUAGCUUUCAAAACUACUUCAAGAGCCGAACUGAAAAAUUAAGUUCAGUGCUAGGGCACUCGACGCUUAAGUCCCAUUUUGGAGUUUAUGAUGAUGUCCCGAGCGUAGUUCCUAUCAUGAACGCAGCAAAGGAAAUGGAUAAAGACAGCAAUAUUAACCAGGCUAAAAAUAAUAAGGAGCGUUAUCGCCCAGCCAAGUACGAAUUUUCGUACGAAAUUUCCGAGGACGACGUACAAAUGGGCCACCAAGAGGCGAGGUCCGGCCACAGAGUCGACGGAGAAUACCACGUAUUGCUGCCCAACGGCCUCAGACAGAUCGUGACUUACUACGCUGAUGAAACUGGUUAUCAUCCUACUAUACGGUACGAUCCUCCAAUAAAAUUAUCUCCAAGAAAAGUCCUGAGCAUACCUCAAACUGACGACCUGUCACGAGGCGCGCUCGCAAUAACUGCAUCCUCUUCAGCAUCGCCUACUGCAACAAAUAUGGCGGCCGAAGCAGUACCCCUGGCUUCGCAGAACUUUAACACUGGAAAUUCCCUCCACUCAAUUUCUUUUCCCGACGAAGAGGCAACGAGAUUGGACGAGUGUAUCUAA